AUGCGUGAUGCUAGCGGUUACCGAGGCCGGCAGGCGGGAAGCUCGGGCCCGCUCCGGGGCAGGCUCUGGGGGGCGGCGGCGGCGGCGGGGGAGGAGGAGGAGGAGCAGAGCUGCGAGUACGGCUCCACGAGGUACCUGCUGCUGUGCGGCCUGGGCGGCAUGCAGCUGACGCACACGGCCAUCGUGCCCCUGGACCUGGUCAAGUGCCGCAUGCAGGCGGACCCCGGCAAGUACAAGGGCACUCAGGGCUUCAGUGCGACGGUGCGUGAGGACCGGCUGCUGGGCCUGGCCCGAGGCUGGGCCCCGACCCUCCUGGGGUGCUCCCUGCAGGGCCUCUUCAAGUUCGGGCUCUACGAGGUCUUCAAGAUCCGCUACAGCGAGCUGCUGGGCCCGGAGGGGGCGUACGAGUGGAGAACCAGCCUGUACCUGGCCGCGUGGGCCAGCGCCGAGUUCUUCGCCGACGUGGCGCUGGCCCCCAUGGAGGCGGUGAAGGUGCGCAUGCAGACGCAGCCCGGCUUCGCCCGCACGCUGCGCGCCGCCGCCCCGCGGAUGUACGCCGAGGAGGGCCCGUGGGCCUUCUACAAGGGCGUGGCUCCGCUGUGGCUGCGGCAGAUCCCCUACACCAGGAUGAAGCUCGCCUGCUUCGAGCGCACGGUGGAGGCCCUCUACAAGUACGUGGUCCCCAAGCCCCAGCGCCAGUGCACCAAGGCCGAGCAGCUGGCCGUCACCUUUGUGGCCGGCUACAUCGCCGGCAUCUUCUGCGCCGUUGUGUCCCAUCCGGCCGACUCCGUCGUGUCCGUUUUGAACAAGGAGAAGGGCAGCACGGCCUUCAAGGUGCUGCGCAGACUGGGCUUUACGGGCGUCUGGAAGGGCCUGUUCGCCCGCAUCAUCAUGAUCGGCACCCUGACGGCGCUGCAGUGGUUCAUCUGUGACUCGGUCAAGGUCUAUUUCAAGCUGCCUCGCCCUCCGGCCGCCGAAGCGCCCCCAACCCAGAAGCAGCAGGAGUAGGCGUGGAUUUGGCAGCUCCUGCGGCCACCCUGGGCCCAAGUGUCCAGGCAGUGCUAGCGUGUCACAUGUUUCGUUUUCUGGCUUUGGAGAGGUGACGAUAUGUAGUCCAGAGUUCUCUUUAAAGGACUGAUUCCUUACUUUUUUGCCAACUGCAGCUUUUUCAAUUAGUAGGAGUCCGAACCGUUACCUUUGGGGAAUCGGCACGGCUGCUUUAACUCGGUAGCUUUCCGGCAACUUUAAGGAGAAAAUUCUUAACGGGAAGUAAUGUUAGGUAAUUUAGGGUCUCUAGAUUGUUUCUCCUUUGAGUCACCAUUCAGUGGAGAUUUACUGAAUAGCCUACUAAUGAGGUUUGAAGGUCAGCACUACCGCGUGGGGUAGGGAACAAAGUCAAAUUCUGCUACUCACCUCAAUAGAAAUCGUGCACCUAUUGAAUAGAUGAAGGACUCAUUCCAUGUUUCCUGUUCAUGUCCAUCACAUG